GAGAGGCGAGAGCGAGCGGCUGAGUGGAAGUGGAAGUGGGAGCGGGAAAGGAGCAGUCCGUUUCCUGAAUCCCGAAUUCCGGAAUAGAAGCCACCAGGCGACCAGACGACCAUCAUCAUGUCCUCGAAUAGCCAGAGCAGUGUUGUUGGCCAGACGGCAACAAGUGCCCGUACCGCUGGCGGUGCCAACACCGCUGCGUCGGCGGAAGCCACAGAUGCCAAUAGUACCACCUCCAGCAACAGCAACAACAAUAACAACAACAACAAUGGCAGCAGUACCGCUGCAGCGGGCAACAACAGCGACAGCAGUCCCACCACUGGAACGGGAGCGGCGAGCACUGGAAAGCUGCUGCACGGCGGCCACACGGCUGUGAACACCAAGGAGCGGGUGGUGGACAGCGUUCCCUUUCCGCCCAGCCACAAGCUGACGCUGGCCGAGGUGUUCGACCAGCGGACCGGGAAGCCGAACCACGAGUUGCUCAAGCAGCACUUCAUCCUGGAAGGUCGGAUCGAGGAGGCGCCCGCCCUGAAGAUCAUCCAGGACGGAGCCGCCCUGCUGCGGCAGGAGAAAACGAUGAUCGACAUCGAGGCGCCGGUGACGGUGUGCGGCGACAUCCACGGCCAGUUCUACGACCUGAUGAAGCUGUUCGAGGUGGGUGGAUCGCCGGCCAGCACCAAGUAUCUGUUCCUGGGCGACUACGUCGAUCGGGGCUACUUCAGCAUCGAGUGCGUGCUGUAUCUGUGGUCGCUGAAGAUCACCUAUCCGCAGACGCUGUUCCUGCUGCGCGGCAACCACGAGUGCCGGCACCUGACCGAGUACUUCACCUUCAAGCAGGAGUGCAAGAUCAAGUACUCGGAGCGCGUGUACGACGCCUGCAUGGACGCGUUCGACUGCCUGCCGCUGGCGGCGCUGAUGAACCAGCAGUUCCUCUGCGUGCACGGCGGCCUGUCGCCGGAGAUCCACGAGCUGGAGGACAUACGGCGGCUCGACCGCUUCAAGGAGCCGCCCGCCUUCGGCCCCAUGUGCGACCUGCUGUGGUCGGACCCGCUGGAGGACUUCGGGAACGAGAAGAACUCGGACUUCUACACGCACAACUCCGUGCGCGGCUGCUCGUACUUCUACAGCUACGCCGCCUGCUGCGACUUCCUGCAGAACAACAACCUGCUGUCGAUCAUCCGGGCGCACGAGGCGCAGGACGCCGGCUACCGCAUGUACCGCAAGAGCCAGACCACCGGCUUCCCCUCGCUGAUCACCAUCUUCUCGGCGCCCAACUAUCUCGACGUGUACAACAACAAGGCGGCGGUGCUGAAGUACGAGAACAACGUGAUGAACAUCCGGCAGUUCAACUGCUCGCCGCACCCCUACUGGCUGCCGAACUUCAUGGACGUGUUCACCUGGUCGCUGCCCUUCGUCGGCGAGAAGGUCACCGAGAUGCUGGUGAACGUGCUGAACAUCUGCUCCGACGACGAGCUCAUGACCGAGGAGAGCGAGGAGCCGCUCUCGGACGACGAGGCGGCGCUGCGCAAGGAGGUGAUCCGCAACAAGAUCCGCGCUAUCGGCAAGAUGGCGCGCGUCUUCUCCGUGCUGCGCGAGGAGUCCGAGUCGGUGCUGCAGCUGAAGGGGCUGACGCCCACGGGCGCCCUGCCCCUCGGCGCCCUCUCCGGCGGCAAGCAGUCGCUGAAGAACGCCAUGCAGGGCUUCUCGCCCAACCACAAGAUUACCUCGUUCGCGGAGGCCAAGGGCCUUGAUGCCGUCAACGAACGGAUGCCGCCGCGCCGGGACCAGCCGCCCACGCCCAGCGAGGAUCCGCACCACCAGGCGGCGCAGCACAGUCAGCAGGGCGGCAACAAUGGGGCUGGCCACGGGUAAGCGCUUCACCGCGAGCACCGACGAGCACGAGAACGAGGAUGCGAGUGCGGAGGAGUCUGGCGGGGCUGGAGGACGGCGGCCCAGCGGUGGAGCGGAACGGAGCGGCGGCAACACAAAGAACACCAACCGAACGGAAACCUUAAUUAAGCUUAAUGUGGCAGAGCAACAACUUAAAUACUAAAAACCAACUCUAAUUCUAAGUACUUGGCAUAACUCCCCGUGCAUUUCGCGAGUGAUCCCGCACCAGCACCAGCUCCAUGCCAAUGCCCAUGUCCAUGUUCAGGUCCAUGGCCCAGAGCCUCCGAACGUAGCAGAGAUUUGUUUUUACGCAGGCGCGCGCACAUUGGAUAUUAGAAUUAUGUGUGGCAUACUUUGGCGCGCCGGCGGCCCCCCAAUGAAAAUUCCCCUUCUCAAGAGCAGAAAGAAAACUAACCCGUAACCCAUAACCUAGCCUAAGUUGUAAUGUAUAAACUGAAAUGGAAAAUUUUUAAAUAUGGAAAAUGAACAAAAAACCGAUAGAAGGAGAAAACCCCCCCGUUGAAGCAGGAAACACUUACCGAAAUGAAGAUGAGGCGGGUAAAAAUCCAGCGCUAAUCUGUUCCAAACAUUUAGCAGCGCCAAAAAGAAGCGUACAUAUAUGUAUACAUAUGAUUAUAUAGUAAUAUCGAGGCAUAGGGCCGAGAUGUAACCCAGAAAGUGUAAUGAAAUUCGAAAUGAACAAAAUCAUUUGUGUAAUAAUCGUAAUCCUUGAAUUCUAGUAAUGUAAUCUUGCAUAGAAAACAAAAACCAACAAACAAUUUCGAAACCAUUUGCAAUAUGUGCCGCAAUAGUCCAUAAAUGUUCCUUAUACGAAUUAAACAUUGAAAGCGAAACCAGAGUUUAUUUUUUUUUUAAUAUAUAUAAAUAUAUAUGUAUAAUUGUUGCAUAAUCUAACUUUCGACUUAAUAUGUUACAUUUAACAUGUACGUGUACGACUGUGUGUGUAUAACUACUUGCGUUUUAUCAGUUGCUUGGCUUACGAAAAAUAAGCAAAAAGAGAAGCGUUGUUUGAGGAUCAAGUCUAGCUAAUUAAUCGAUUGAUGAAUACGAUCGAUUACAUUAUCGUUAAUGCAUUUUAAACAACACUGACACACAGACACAUGCAAACAUAGAGAGAAAGAGAAAGAGAGAGAGGAUCGGAUCGUUUACCAUUUAAAUAGCAAAUGAAAUAUUUAACUAAUUAAUUACUAUGUAAACAUACUAACGUAUAAUAUAUUCCUGCGUGUAAAUUGAACUAAAAAAUUCAUUAUUUAAGCAAGACGAUUUUUGUUGAAUGCGAAUACACAGACACACACACACACACACACAACUAAUUUCCCUUGACUUAAAAGCUAAUUGAAAAGAGAUUAGGCGAAAAAAGAGAUGUAUUUAAGUAAGUAUAAGGCAUGUAACACAUCGGAAACGGAUGAGUUUCGGCGUUUCAGAUCAAUUCAAUGAUAAUGAUGGCAAUCAAUUUCUCAAUUUCCGCCUACACCUGUUCCAAAAACCCUUAAUAUAUAUAUAUAUAUAUAUAUAUAUAUCAGCUUUCCCAAUAUCGAUAUCAAAUCAAAAUAUAUACACACGCAAGAAAUGCCUUCAUCCAGAUCACACUUUUCCACGUCCCCAGAAUAUUUACGCUGUACUUUGCUUCUUCAACCACCAAUAAUUGCAUUAAACUCUAAUCUAAAUAUGCAUACAGAAAUAUAUAUAUAUAUAUUAUAUACCGAGUUGACAUUGGAAAACAAUUAGUUUUUAGUGAUCUAUGCACGUAUCGUAACAAUACCAAAUUAUUUAAAUCGUAGCUAAAAGAAACAAAUCAAGAAUGAGCGGCAGUCUAGGAGGGAACUUAGCUUUUAUAAAAAAUAUGAGAAAAAAAAAAAUCAGACAACAAUUUACUCAACUAAAUGAGAAAUAUACAUUUAUAUAUAUAUAUCGCGUUUUUUUUUAAAUCCGCAAACACAACUAUAUAAUUAUUGAAGAAGAAUGAAGAUAAACGACGUUUAAGUUUUGAUAUUUUUGUUCUCUAUAUGGUAAAAUUGUUGAUACUGUUAUACCGCAAAUGCAUAUUUAGUUAGUACCGAGUGAAAUGGGGAGUCCCCUUGAAUCAAAUUUAAUUGCAAUAGUCAAGAGUAUGAAACUGAUAAACGACAACACCAAAAGUUAAUUGUAUACACUUGGAAAACUAAUCGGCUUGGAUCUUAGAAAAUCGUCAUUUGUAUUUCUCUGCUUUUGAAAACACUGAGUUUAACAAACAAAAUGAAUUUUUAAUAACUUUCACAUUCCCUUUUUUUUGCUAGCAUUUCAUUCAAUCUAAAAAAAAAGUUUCUUUACGAAACCCUUAUAUAUCUUUAAUUACCAUUUGAAAAUGGCACAAAGAAUUAUAAUGUCAGAAUGCAGUUUUUAAACCUAGUUAAAGUAUGCCAUAUUUUUGAGUACGACCUCAGUCAUUUUCCACAAAACAUAUAGCUACUAAAUUAGGGCAUUCCUUAAAGUUUUCUGGAGUGUGGCUCCUUCGAUUAUACUUCUGAUAUUUAGGGCGAUUUUUAUUCCGAGUGUAUCAAAAGCAAAGGCCAUGGUAAAGUAUUAAGCUAAGGAUUUAUGAUAACUCUACAUUAUGUAUAACUAACGGUACAUUUGCUUAGCUCCCUCGAUAAUGAAAGUAACUACUGCAUGAGGCAUAGGAAAACUUCCCGGCACAUAGUAAAAAUAAAUAAAUGAAUAGAACAAUAGAGGGAGAUGUGUAGAUUUUGAUAAUACAUCAAGGCCAUACCAAAGUACUUAUGGGAACUAUUGAAAAGCAUUAAAACGUUCAACAUAACACAUAAUACCCAGGAUAAAAAAGCAGAAUCAAAAGUGCGGGAACGGGACGGCUGCAUGGUACCAGUGGCGGAUCCACGGGGGGGGAAAUUAGGGAAAUUUCCCCCCUUGGAACCACAGAACCUGAAAAUUUUACUUGUUUGCUAUGGUUGACUUUUCAAAUAUAACCACUUUGUUUACCAAAAAAUUGGGAUGGAUAAUUUUUGUUUUAUAAUUUGUACUGUAUUUCUCUCGCAAUAAUAAGUUUGAACCCCAAAUCGAAGAAUAAGUUCAAUUUUCCCCCCCAAGAAUCGUCUCUGGAUCCGCCACUGAUGGUACAUACAUAUAUAAGACAUUUCGCCUCUUAAAGCAAUUAUAAAGAUAACAAAUGAGUAACGUUUAUUAUAUUAUUAAAUUAUACAUACAUAUACAUACUAUAUAAACGGAAUAAAAUAAAUCAGCAGCAAAAUUUCCAUUUUAUGGCUGUCGAUUCCUUGUUUUUUUGGGAUCAAACUAUCUCUGAACUUAAUUUCAUCGAACAAACGGAGCUGUCAAAAGCAUAUAGCCCAGCCCGAUCCGGAAAACAUUCAGUUUGCUACCGGAGCUCAACCGGAGCACAACUCCCUUUUCGGAAAAAUAAAGUUCAAAAUUAAAAGUGAAGCACAGAAUUUUAUUGGUAUCACACAAACGCACACAUUAUUGUUUUCUUCAACGACUCAAAUGAAUUUAUCAAUGGUUUUGGCCCUCUCUUCCCGAUGGAAUUGAAGUGGCCCCAUUGGCGAAAUACACAGACAGGAUAUCUGGUUUAGAGAUAUCGUUCGUCGUCAGAUGUCAGCAAAGAAUAAUAGAGUUAGCCCAAACAAAGUUCAUUGACUCCAACCUGAUGGUACCGGUCCCGCAGGACGUGCAGCUCGCAUCGGAAUACUCCAACACAGACUUGUGUAAAAAUGUUUAUUGUUGUUAAAUUUUGCCUAACUAAAAUGCUAUAAUAUAAA